UAACUUUCAAUUAUAGUCGUGCCUGUUCUGAGAAUUGAGAAUAAAAUAGCACCAACCAGCACCCGUUCGAUUCAGUUUGAGGUCGAUCAUUCUAACAGCAGGUUGGCGUUCGCCCAGCUGCAAAAUCCAGAGGAAAAUUUAAAAGCCAGGAUAAGAUCAUCAUUUGCUUUAGUAUGCAGUUUAUUGCGGUGGCAACGAUUUGCCUUUUGGCCGGUGGAGCAUAUGCAGCGCCCGCCGAAGUCAAGUAUCUCAAUGGCGACGAUUUGCCAAAAUGUCCUGCGGAUGCCGACCAGGCUGGGGAGUGCAUCAAGAAUAUAAUGAAUGAGCUGAUACCACGCUUGCGGAAAGGAGAUCCCGAUCUAGGCAUUCAACCGUACGAUCCUUUCGUAAUAGAUCGCCUGAGCUUCCAGUAUUCAAGUGGAGCGGUCAGUGGUCGCAUUUCGGUGCGAAAUGUCAAGCUCUACGGCUUUGCGGAGCACAAAAUCCAGAAAGUUAAUGUCAAAAUCGAUGGUGACAAGAUCAAGCUGCGAAUUGUCUCGCAAUUGCCCAAGAUGAAUCUCCUUGGCAAUUACAAAGCGGAAAUGCUGGUCAACUCGCUGCAGCUGAAGCCCAAGGGCAACUUCAAUGUAACACUGUUUGAUGUCGAGAACCGUGUGGUUACGGAUGGCGAGUUUUAUAACAAGGACGGACGCCGGUUUUUGCGUAUCAAAGAUAUCGAUGUGAAUCCAAAGAUCCGCGACAUGAUCAUUAAGGCCAAUGGCAUUUUUCCGGAUCCCGAGCUAGACGAGCUUGCCUUAAAUGUUGCCAACAGCUACUGGCGCGAUAUCUAUGGCAUUAUCUUGCCGGAAACGCGAGAAUCGUGGGCUCCUAUCAUGCUGCGCCUGAUUAACGAGGCUCUGUCGCAUGUGCCCAUCGACCAGUUUAUCCAUGGACCCGAAUAAUAUGGCAUUAGUUUCACACUGUAAAUCUGUAAAAUAAUUGCCUGUAUAUAUAUUGUUGUGAUUGCCUUUA